CGGCCACUGUACUGAGCGCCGUCCCCGUCACUCGGAAGUUUUUUUUCGGAUUGUUUUCCCGGGAACUGAAAAGGCAGAUGACAGCGGCUGCUCACCAUGGCGGCGGAUCCCGGUCUGGAGAUGGCCUCUAUGAUCCCGGCCCUGCGGGAGCUCGCCAGUGCCAGCUCAGAGUCUUAUGAAACGGUCGUUCAGAAACCACGACAGAUUCUCUGCCAGUUCAUAGACCGGAUCCUGACAGACGUAGAUGUUGUUGCUGUGGAGCUGUCAAAAAAUGGUGACUCUCAACCAAGUUCGGUAAUGCUGCUUGACUUCAUUCAGCACAUCAUGAAGUCCUCGCCACGUAUGUUUGUCAACUCCAUCAAUAGCUGCCCAGCCAGUGAGGCAGAUCGGCGCUGUAUCGAGUUUAGUAAUUGGAUAAUCUCCAGGCUUCUCCGGAUCGCCGCCACACCAAGCUGUCAGCCUUUACACAAGAAGAUUGCUGGCGUCAUCCGCUCCCUGCUUUUCCUUUUUAAGAAUAAAAGUCCAUCUCUUUUUGGCCAGCUUACAAAUGAUUUUCUGCAUCUCUUUGACGAUCUUAUUCGUUUGCAUAAAGAAAGCCUGGAGGGGUCUGCAGAAUGGCCGUCAGUCGUGAGCAGGUUCUUAUGCCUGGGGAUGGAAAGCCAGGAAAAUCUGAGGUCCGCUCCUUUUCACCUCCUGAAUAUGCAGCACGUGGAGUCGCUAGAAACAACCAUGUUAAGUGUCUUGACUGACAAGGAUGCUGAUAUCGCUGCGUUUUAUUUCCAGAGACAGAACCUGGUCCUCUGGGGGAUUGGUUGUUCUUUGCUAGAUUAUGGGGGUUCACGGCUGAAAGUACUGGCUUUACAUUUCUUAAAGGAGCUCAUCCGUUUGGGAGGACCGCCAGAACAGCCUGCGCACUUUUUCUUCACUAUGUUUUUUGGGGUGCUGGAAUAUAUAAACGACAUGGACCUAGAAGAACAAUUGCUCUUUGAAGCUCCACUGUUAGACUUUGUGAAGGUUUUGUUUGCCCUUGAGCCGGAGUCGCACUUGAACAUAGAGCCUGUCUACCUUAACAUUUUGCUGAAGAAGCUAGCACUACUGUUUGAAGGAGGUGUCUUGAAGGUUGUCCAGUCUGGGACCUUGAGAGAAGCACUUUGCCACAUUGUUCAGUACUUUCUGACUGUUGUACCUCCAGGGUAUGAAUCUGCAAAGGAAGCUCGCAAUGAUCACGUCCAUUGUAUCUGUAAGGCCUUUGUCGAUGUCCUGGGAAGUCAGAGUCAGCAAACGUACAUGGUUGCCUCAUUGUAUGCAGCUCUCCAGAAGGAAACCAAGGACUCCAUCCAUCCCCAGCAGCACAUGUUACCGCAGACCGCGAGUACAGAGUCUGAAGGUGGUGGGAGCAGCAGUGAUGAGAUUCAAGAGAAGCGGCCUCGCUUAAGUUUAACAGCAAAAUUACAGAAGAAACCAAGCCAGCCCGUACUGCCUGUGCCAGUGGAUAUGAAGUCCAAGCUUGCAAUCUGGAGAGAAAUAAACCAAAAGUUUUUGUUGCUGUUGCACACACUGGAAGGAGAAGACUUAGCUGAAGAUGCAGUGAUUUGUCCCCUGGAAGGUGUUACAAUUACAAUGCAUUUGGCUGCUGUUUGCACAGCUCACAUUUCUACCAAUGAUUCUGUCAAUUUGUUUCAAAAGACAUUAGACUUGCCUGGGAUGUCUAGUAUCCAAACUAGAGAUGAAAAACCCCAGCUUUCCUGGAUUGGCCUGGAAGAGAUUGUAAGAGUACUUGCUGUUUGCAGGAAGCUUUUUAAUGCAGGAUUCCACUGCACAGAUGCCAUGCUGAAGAAGAUAGUCAAGAUAUUUGAUGCUUUGAUUUACAUGCAUGUAAAAAUUCGAUUACCUGAUCAAAUACUGGUGGAUUUGUGUGGACUGCUAUCAUUGCCAUGGAUUCACAGUCAUUCAAGCCAUGCCUCCUUUAAGGUGGCCAUGUUUGACGCUUCCCUUUUAGCCCUAAGUCAUAGGAUCCAUGAGGAAGUCUCUCCGGUAAUUCAGUCCCAGUGUCUCUUUCUUCUAUCACUUUUUCCUAAACAUAUAAUGCCUGACUGGAGGUUGGCGGUUUACCAGUGGUCAUUAGGAAGCCAACAUGAAAUUGUACGUGCCUUCUGCAUUAAAGGAUUUCCCAUACUGAAACAGCACAUUAGCCAAGAGGCGUAUAGUCCGGUUCCCAAAGUUUUGCUGGAACACUUGAAUGACAACUCUAAGCUUGUAAGGAAGGAGCUAGCCCAAGCUAUGACCAAGUUAGCUUGUGGUAUUACUAUAGGAUUUGCGCUGCAGGAUUCAGGGGAAGGGCCUGCUACAGACUGUGAUCUGCUCUGCUGCAGCUUGAGACUCAACCUAAUUCCUGCCUCUGGCUCUUCUUCCAUCAAUGCUUCUUUUUUUAUGCCUUUUCUUUUUCUGUUGGACAGAAGCAUGCCAAGCUGUGUGAAAAUGGCUUUCAUAGAAAAUAUACCUGACUUGUUCACACACCUAAAUGUCCAGAGAGAUGAAAAGGAUUUGAGAGCUAUGGUUGAAGCAUUAUUGAACCUGAUGGAAGAUCCAGAUAAGGAUGUCAGAAUAGCAUUCAGCGGAAAUAUCAGAUAUAUCUUAGAGUCAAUAAACUGUGAAGAAGGAAGUUUAAAUGAGCUGUUAGUUGGUAGAAUAAAGAAGGCAUACACUAAUGCUAAGCUGGCAAGAGAUAAUGAAAUGAAAGACACACUUAUACUUACAACUGGUGACAUUGGACGAGCUGCUAAAGGAGACCUAGUGCCAUUUGCCCUUUUGCACCUCUUGCAUUGUCUAUUGUCCAAAUCUACAUCAGUAGCUGGAGCUUCCUACACUGAAAUCCGGUCGCUGGCAGCAGCAAAAUCUAUGCGUGUGCAGGAGUUUUUUAGCCAGUAUAAGAAACCUAUAUGCAAGUUUCUUGUAGAGUCACUGCACACAAGCCAGCAGCUUCUACUCUCCGGCACACCAGAGCGCAGCAGCGGCAUGCAGAAGCAGGGGGCAGAACGUCACGGGGAAGCAGCCUUGGAAAUCUUGUCUGAAAUUGCCAGUGUAUUUGAUUUUCCAGAUCUGAGCCGCUUUUUAACAAAGACAUUGCAGCUUUUGCUUCCAUAUCUUGCGGCCAAAGCGAGCCCUGUGGCCUCUGCUUUGAUCAGAACAAUUGCCAAGCAGCUGAAUGCUAAUCGCAGGGAGAUCUUGAUCAAUAACUUCAAGUACAUUUUCUCUCACCUUGUCUGUUCCUGCACCAAGGACCAACUUGAAAAGUCACUUCACUAUCUGAAGAAUGAGACAGAAAUCGAGCUUGGCAGUUUGCUUAGACAGGAUUACCAGGGCCUGCACAAUGAGUUGCUGCUGCGGCUUGGGGAGCAUUACCAGCAGGUGUUCAAUGGACUGUCCAUUUUGGCUUCCUUUGCAUCCAGUGAUGAUCCUUACCAGGGCCCCAGAAACAUUACUAAACCUGAGACUAUGGCUGAUUAUCUACAACCCAAGCUACUAGGAAUUCUGGCUUUUUUUAAUAUGCUUUUAUUGAGUUCCAGUAUUGGCAUUGAGGACAAAAAGAUGGCCUUGAACAGCUUGGUUUCUCUGAUGAAACUCAUGGGACCAAAGCACAUCAGUUCAGUAAGAGUAAAGAUAAUGACAACCCUGAGGACUGGGCUCCGAUAUAAGGACGAUUUUCCAGAGCUGUGUUGCAGAUCAUGGGACUUGUUUGUGCGAUGUCUGGAUCAGGCAUACUUGGGCUCUCUUCUCAGCCAUGUAAUAGUUGCCUUAUUGCCCCUCUUACAUAUUCAACCUAAAGAAACUGUGGCCAUUUUUCAUUAUCUUAUUGUGGAGAACAGAGAUGCAGUUCAAGACUUUCUCCAUGAAAUAUAUUUCCUGCCCGACCAUCCAGAACUCAAGCAGAUAUUUAAGGUUCUCCAAGAAUACAGAAAAGAAACAACCAAAAGCACAGACUUGCAGACGGCCAUGCAGUUGUCAAUAAAAGCCAUUCAGCAUGAAAAUGUUGACGUUCGCAUUCAUGCUCUCACCAGUUUAAAGGAGACUCUGUAUAAGAAUCAGGCUAAACUAUUACAGUAUUCGACAGACAGUGAGAUGGUAGAGCCAGUUAUCUCUCAGCUGGUUACAGUGCUUUUAAUAGGUUGCCAAGAUGCUAGUCCCCAGGCUCGACUGCUGUGUGGUGAAUGCCUUGGACAGUUGGGUGCAAUUGAUCCUGGAAGACUAGACUUUUCAGUUAGUGACAACCAAGGAAAAGGUUCAACCUUUGUCACUGGAGUUGAAGAUAUGAAUUUUGCUUAUGAGCUGUUGAUGGAGCUGACAAGAGCUUUUCUUGCACAUGCUGAUAAUGUCCGGGCUCAGGAUUCUGCAGCUUAUGCUAUUCAGGAGCUGUUGUCCAUCUAUGAAUGCAGAGAGGGAAGAAGUGAUUGCCCUGGGAGAAGGCUGUGGAGAAGAUUUCCAGAACAUGUUCAGGAGAUUUUGGAGCCACAUCUUAACACAAGGUACAAAAGUUCUAGAAAGGCAAUAAACUGGAAGAAUAUAAAGAAACCUAUUUACCUCAGUAGGCUGGGAAGUAACUUUGCUGACUGGUCUGCGUGCUGGGCUGGUUACUUGAUCACCAAGGUUAGACAUGAUUUUGCAAAAAAGGUUUUCAAUUGCUGCAGUAUAAUGAUGAAACAUGACUUUAAAGUGACCAUCUAUCUUUUACCACACAUCCUCGUCUAUGUUUUGCUAGGGUGUAGCAAAGAAGAUCAGCAAGAGGUUUAUAUUGAAAUAACAGCAGUUUUGAAACAUGAUGAUCCAAGGGUUCGGCGCCUCCAAGACAAUGCCUCUGACCUUAGCCAGCUCAGUACACAAACCGUCUUUUCAAUGAUUGAUCAUCUUACUCAGUGGGCAAGGGAGAAAUUCCAGGCACUUCAUGCUGAGAAAAGCAACGGCAAAAGUGGAGGCCGUGGAGAAAUAAAUGCAUCCCUCAAUGAAGAAUAUGGAGAGUAUCAAAAUGUGACCAGAUUUCUAGAGCUUAUACCUCAAGAUACUCUGGCUGUGGCUUCGUUUCGCUCCAAAGCUUAUACCAGGGCUGUUAUGCACUUUGAAUCGUUUAUCAUGGAAAAAAAGCAAGAAAUUCAAGAGCACCUGGGUUUUUUGCAGAAACUUUAUGCUGCUAUGCAUGAACCUGAUGGAGUAGCAGGGGUGAGCGCUAUUCGUAAGAAGGAAGCCUCUCUGAAAGAACAGAUCUUGGAGCAUGAAAGCAUUGGUUUGCUGAGAGAUGCUACAGCCUGCUAUGACCGAGCCAUUCAGCUCAAGCCAGAAGAGAUUCUGCACCAUCACGGCGUGCUGAAAUCAAUGUUGGGCCUCGGCCAAUUAUCUACUGUGAUUACACAAGUCAAUGGAAUCCUAAAUAAUAGGGCUGAUUGGACUGCUGAAUUGAACACCUAUAGAGUCGAGGCAGCUUGGAAGCUCUCCAAAUGGGGCCUAGUGGAUGAAUACCUUUCCACAGAUCGAAUAUCUACCAACUGGAGCAUCCAACUUGGGCAGUUGCUGCUGUUGUCUAAGAAGAAGGAAAGGGAAGCAUUCUAUGACACUCUCAAAGUGGUGCGUGCAGAGCAGAUUGUGCCUUUGUCAGCUGCCAGCUUUGAGAGAGGGUCCUACCAACGGGGAUAUGAGUAUAUAGUAAGGCUGCACAUGCUGUGUGAGCUUGAACACAGUGUGAAGAUGUUGCUCCAGGAUCCUGCCCCUGACUCCACCACGGAGUCGCUGAAUUGGCCAGCAAGGCUGGAAAUGACUCAGAACUCCUACAGGGCAAGGGAGCCCAUACUGGCAGUACGCAGAGCUUUACUGACUGUUGGUAGCAGGCCAGGCUUCACUGACAUGAUUGGGGAAUGCUGGCUGCAAAGUGCUCGUGUUGCUCGAAAAGCAGGCCACCAUCAGACUGCAUAUAAUGCCCUCCUCAACGCUGGAGAAACCAGGCUUGCGGAGCUUAAUGUUGAGCGGGCUAAGUGGCUAUGGUCUAAGGGUGAUGUGCACCAGGCCCUCAUAGUCCUUCAGAAGGGAGCAGAGUUAUUCCAGGCAGGUAGCACUGCAACUCCAGAGCAGCAGUUGAUCCACGGCAGAGCUAUGCUGCUAGUGGGACGAUUCAUGGACGAGACUGCCAACUUUGAAAGCAAUGCAGUGAUGAAAAAGUAUAAAGAUGUAACCAGUCUGCUCCCAGAAUGGGAAGAUGGACACUUUUACCUUGCCAAGUAUUAUGACAAACUAAUGCCUAUGGUGACUGAAAACAAGAUGGAAAAGCAGGGUGACCUGAUCCGAUACAUUGUCUAUCACUUUGGGAGGUCCUUGCAGUAUGGGAACCAGUUCAUCUAUCAGUCAAUGCCUCGGAUGUUGUCUUUGUGGCUUGACUUUGGAGCUAAAGCCUAUGAAUGGGAAAAAGCUGGCCGGGCCGACCGUCAGCAAAUGAAAAAUGAUCUGAUGAGAAUUAACAAGGCCAUUACUGACCAUAAGAAUCAUCUAGCUCCAUAUCAGUUCCUAACCGCAUUCUCACAGCUGAUCUCCCGCAUCUGUCACUCUCAUGAUGAGGUCUUUGCUGUUCUGAUGGAAAUUGUGGCAAAAGUCUUUGUGGCAUAUCCUCAGCAGGCAAUGUGGAUGAUGACUGCGGUGUCUAAGUCUUCUUAUCCCAUGCGUGUAAACAGAUGCAAAGAAAUCCUUGAUAAAGCCAUUCACAUGAAGCCUGCUCUGGGGAAAUUCAUAGGAGAUGCAACCCGUCUCACGGACAAGCUUCUUGAGCUGUGUAACAAGCCUGUUGAUGGGAACACUGGCACUUUAAGUAUGAGCAUCCACUUCAGAUUACUGAAGAAACUGGUGGAAGAGCCAACAUUCAGCGAAAUACUUAUACCAUUACAAUCAGUAAUGAUACCCACACUGCCAUCUACAGCUGGAAAACGUGACCAUGCUGAUCAUGACCCCUUUCCUGGGCACUGGGCAUAUAUUGCUGGCUUUGAUGAUGUUGUGGAAAUUUUGGCAUCUCUUCAAAAGCCCAAAAAAAUUUCUCUGAAGGGAUCUGAUGGGAAAUCUUAUAUUAUGAUGUGUAAACCUAAAGAUGAUCUUCGGAAAGACUGCAGACUUAUGGAGUUUAAUUCUCUGAUUAACAAGUGUUUGAGAAAGGAUGCAGAGUCCCGGAGGAGAGAGCUCCACAUUCGCACCUAUGCUGUUAUCCCCCUGAAUGAUGAAUGUGGGAUAAUAGAAUGGGUGAAUAACACUGCAGGCUUGAGAAACAUACUGAUAAAACUCUACAAAGAGAGAAGAAUACACAUGGGAGGAAAGGAACUACGUCAGUGCAUGCUGCCUAAGACGGCUCCCCUAGAAGAAAAGUUAAAAAUAUUUAAAGAAACUCUUUUGCCUCGUCACCCACCUGUUUUCCAUGAAUGGUUUUUACGGACGUUUCCAGAUCCUACAUCUUGGUACAACAGCAGGUCAGCAUAUUGCCGCUCUACAGCUGUAAUGUCUAUGGUUGGCUACAUCUUGGGGCUUGGAGACCGUCAUGGUGAGAAUAUUCUAUUUGAUUCUCUGACGGGAGAGUGCAUCCAUGUGGAUUUCAACUGUCUUUUCAACAAGGGUGAAACAUUUGAAGUUCCAGAAAUUGUCCCUUUUCGCCUGACACACAACAUGGUUAAUGGAAUGGGACCAAUGGGGACAGAAGGUCUUUUCCGACGUGCAUGCGAGGUCACUAUGAGGCUAAUGAGAGACCAAAGGGAAUCACUAAUGAGUGUACUGAAGCCAUUCGUGCAUGACCCUCUGGUGGAAUGGAGUAAGCCAGUUCGUGUGGGAAGCAAAGUUCAAGCCAAUGAGACAGGAGAGGUUGUCAAUGAGAAGGCUAAAACGCAUGUGCUUGAUAUAGAGCAGCGUCUUCAGGGUGUGAUUAAAACAAGAAAUCGAGUGAAAGGUCUCCCCCUGUCCAUAGAGGGACAUGUCCACUAUCUGAUUCAAGAAGCAACAGAUGAAAACCAUCUCAGUCAGAUGUAUCUUGGAUGGGCACCUUAUAUGUAACCACUUUCUCUGUGAUUAAUACUGUGUGCAUUCCAUAUCUUCCAUGGGUUUUAUAAAACCCAGCCAGUCUUUUAUAUCACAACAGUGAUCAGACACAUGCGGUUCACAGACACGUGUCAUCUACGCCUUUCAGUGUAAAAUGUAGCAUUCUUCUGAUUGAUAGAAGAUGUUCUAUGAAAUACACAGCACUGAAAUUUCUCUAAGGCUACUUUCACAC